AUGUCAACCGGAGGAUUUGCAACAACAGUUGAUCAACAGAAGGAGUUAAUGCAAAAGAUGCAAGAAGAGUUCUUGUACCAGUUCGAAACACUUCGUCAAGCAAACGAGGCCAGCACGGCCCAGAUUGCUCUGCUUCAGCUACCACCAGGUGAUGCGGUGGCACCUCCCCCAACCGCAACAUUCCUCUGGUCAACGAACCUCAAGCCAAUGAUGGUCGGGCUAACGAGGUUCAGCCUAACGAAGUUCAGCAAGAGCAGAGGACGAGAACCAAAGCGGUCGCUUCAGGCAAUCAUCCUCAUUGCAUACAGGAUGAAUAGGCCGAGUCCAACUGUAAGCUUACGAUCCCUUAGGCGGCAAGUGGAAAACAUGAUAACAAGAGGUGAGUUGGCAGACUACCUCACACCAAAAGAGUACGUGAAGCCUUGGGAGGUCAACCCUCGGAAAGUGGAAGGCAAUCAAGUAAAAGUCAUUCAUGAAAUACAUGGGAGAUCAGAGGACGACCAAGAGACAGAAGAAAUGUAUCGAUCCAGACUGAAGGCAGCCCACAAGCUAAGGAAGUUAUCCUCAGUAAACACUAUUGCCUCGGGCAGUAUUAGUAUUGGGUUCGGCGAUGAAGAUUUAUCCAGAGUUCAGCUUUCCCACGAGGAUCUGCUAGUCAUUAGUCUUCUGGUGGCAAAUUAUAUGAUCAAAAGAGUUUUAGUUGACCUAGGUAGCAGUGCCAAUAUUAUCACAAAGGCAGUCUUAGAGGAACUGAAGAUCCCUUCAUCAUCAAUACAGCCCACUUUUAGUCCUUUGAUGGGGUUCGAUGGCACAAAGGUGAACCCCCUUGGGGUGAUUGAUUUAUCUGUCACUGCGGCAAAAAAGGACAUUGAAAGAAAACUUUGUUCUAACAGAAAUUCAUCCUUCUUAUAA